AUGACGUCCCAGUGUACUUUUUGGAGCGUACAGAAAACGCAUCGCCACGGCGCGUGCGCGCGCUCGACGUCGACCUCGGCGCGACUCAAAAUUCACGCGCGUCAUUGCGCGCACGUCGCGUCGAGAGCGCUCGAAGCCAAUCGCGAUUGGCCGCCCUCGGACGUCUGGGAUGACUUCGUCGCCGCGCACGCGGGCGAAUACGCCGGAGCGAGCGCGACGUUCGAUCCGCGCACGGGUGCCGCGGUGCCGCUGCCGAGUAAUUACGUCCCCGAUGCGUUCAAGGAGUACGGUGUGGACGUCAUGGAGUGGCAAAUCGUGACGAGCGGAGGCAAGACGAGCGAUGGCGAUGGGUUGCGAUUGGAGACGAAGAAGUUGUACCCGGAAGCGGGGUGCGAAUACGGGAAGAAUGACGUUGCGUUCGCGGAAUCGCACGACGUGUGCGCGGGCGGACAGAUGGCUAAAAUGUUCAUCGUGCAAGGUUGUUAUUGCGAUGGGCCGAAGACGCUUCCAGAGUGCGUCGAGGGCGCGGAGGUUGGGUUCGCGUUUGCGUUUGCCGAAGAGGAGGCGCCGAGAGAGCGGCGGCGGAUCUCGCUUCGCGUGCGCGCGGCACCGGGACAGAGGCGGAACUGGGAGUUGUGUGGAAUCGAAAUCACUCACGAGACGGCGAGCGAAUGCGAGACGCGGGCGGCGAGUCCGGCGACGGGGGAUAUUUUAACCGAAGACGCCGUGAGCGUCGGCGAAUGGCGAGCGACGAGCGGGGUGACAUUCAUAGCGCUCGAAGCGCUAGCAGAUGUACCCGAAGAGCGCGAAACAAGUGGUGAGGAUGCGUCGACGUCUUCGCCGAUAGACGUCGGUCCAGCGCAAAAGCUUGCGGAACAAAAACCAAACGAUCCAGCGCUCGCGCGCGCCGCGGAGGCGGAGAGGGAAGCAGAGGAGCGACGAGCGAAAGAGGAAAUCGAGGCGGCGGCGCGUGAUCCCGAGGGCAUGCUUGUGGUUCCGUGGUGGGCGGUCAAGUCCCCAUCGAGCUGGGCCAUGGGCGGUGAGUACGUCCUCGGCGGGAACUCGCCGUUGGUGUUCCUUCCCAACCACAUUUGGGUCCUCGUCGAAUCCGUCGACGACCAACUCGUCGUCGAGUGCGGUCGCUACGACCAAGGCCCACCGAGCGCGAUGUUAGACGAUACCGAGCGUCGCGUCGUCGCUCGACGCUACCGCAAAGGUCGAUUCGCCUCCGCGUUCUUCGUCCGCGAGCGUCGACUCGAUCCUCGCGAACGCGACGAGGAAAAGGAAGAAUUCGACAUCUUCGACGAUUUAGAUGACGUCGCGUCGGACGCGUUCGACGACGACGAACUGGACGAGAUCGAUCUCGCGCAAGCGCGAGUGCUCAUGCGUGAUUUACCGCGCGUGCUCGCGCAGCUGGAGGGGGAGACGACGGGUUCGGGUCGCGCAGAGGACGGCGGGGCGGCGCCCGAGCGGGACGCCGAGCGGGACGCGCGAGAGAGAGACGCGCGAGACAGUGAGCGACCGUGGCGACCGUGGGAACCGUCCAAGGGGAGCGCGUUGGAACGCUUGCGCGCGCUUGAGGACGAGCUUCGCGAGCUGUUGGGUGAACGCGUCGUGGACGAGGCGUUGCAGAGCGUCGUGGAGACGCCGACGAAGGCGGCGAGCGCUGCGGCGCUUCCGGGCGUCGUAGAGCGCGCACCUUCGCCGCCGUUGAACACGAUAGAGACGAGGAGAAGUGAUGAGGCGGAGGUAUCGACGCCGACACCGCGCGUAGCGUUAAGCCUGACACCCAUGCCCGUCGAAGACAGCCCGGAGGCGAAGGCGAAUUUCGAGCCGGCGAUGACGUCGCCGAAACCCGCGGGCGGAGAUGACGCGCCGUGGGACCCGUAUGCCGCAUUUAUGGGCGUCGGACGUGAACAGGCAUUACGACCGCGAUCGAGCGCGCCGCCGACGCCGGUUUCGCCACCAAAGGCGCGGGUUUUGGGAUUGCCCGUCGACGCGUCUUUGACGCACGAGACAACGCUCAAGCUCGUGGCGGAUUUGGAGGAGAAAGUGAAGAGUAAACCGAUCGAGUAUACUCGAGCUCCGACGAAUUUGUACAAGGAUGUCGUCGCCACUGCGCGAUUAGAAGAUGAGGUUGUCGUGGAAGACGUCGAAGAUGGCGAUUCGGGCGACGAAGAGAGACGAUUCACGCACCAGUACACCAGGGAAGACGCGGCGACCAUCCUCGAGCUCGCGAACGAAGACGAUCAGAUUGAUUCCUGGUCCAACGCCGUCGCGGGUGACGACUUGCAUCCGCGCGCACCGCCGAUUGUUUCGCCCAUGAUGCGCGGCGACAACUCCACACCGAGCAUCGCUGGCGUCGAGAGCAUGAACGAGUUCAAGCUCAUGAUGGAAUCUGUCUUUGACGAAGACGACUAA